UUUGUGGAGAGAGGGUGGGGCCAGGUGUAGGCAAAUGCAAUGAACCAACAGGAAUCAGCUAUUUACCUGCUGCAAAGGUUGUUCUGAGCUUUCCACUUCUUCCUGUGUACAAUCCACAGGGAUUGACUUCGUUUGUUCCAGCGAGCUGCGUGGAUUGCUGUGGACAACAUGCAUUGCUAGAGACAAUUAUUAUUUUAACAAGGAUUUUUUAAGGUAAUUCUGUACAGAAUGAAGAAAAACGCCUCCAAGCAGGGGACCCUUAACAAGCUUUUUGGAAAGAAGAACAGCAAUAACAAUUCACUGUAUGCUGAUAAUCCACCAUGGAUACUGCCUAAGGGAGCCAAGAAAGCGUCUGUUGACUACCAUGAUGAUGUGCUGGGUACAUUUUCAUUCCUCGAUGACUCUGGAACUGCAACGCUGAAAGCUCGCCCUGGUCCCCGUGUUAGACCCAUGCUUCAGUUUUCUACCAGUAACACAGACACUCAGGGACUAGCUGUACCAACCCCUUCUGUUCCGUCAGGGUUUACGGACAAUGCCUCAAUAGGUAAUGGACCAAAGUUAAAUGGAAAUUACAGAAUGUGUAGUUCUGUUGGAGAUUUGCGCUUUCAUAAUUAUUAUGAAGAUAAUGAUGAAGAGAUCCCUGCACCUCCAUCUAUGCCACCGCCACCACCUCCUACCAUGGCUCCUCCCCCUCCACCACCACCGCCGCCACCACCACAAGAAAGUCCUCCUUCAUCAGCCAUUUCGUCUCCGGCAUCUCCAAGCCCACCAGACUUUAUUCCACCUACACCAAAUCCUGCUGCCCCUGUAGCACCGAUUGUGAUUCCAGUUCAUCAGUCUACUUUACCAACAGCUGGUGAACAGCCUCAAACAAAUAAUGUUUCUAAAUGGAAAUCUGAAACUGUUCUUAAUGCAGUGUCAAAAGACCAACCCAUGACUUUGCCGAAUAGGUUUUCCAUAAAUCCUGCUUCUUCCCAUCUCUAUGGACAGACCAACAUUGACAUAGGACCCAAAUCCACUUUACCAAAGUCUUUCAAGGUUCCACCCCCAGCUCCAACCAGGACAUCUUCAAUGCAGCUGCAGGAACUUCAAAGCAUUGGCUAUGCCAAAGAGCCUCCAAAAUCACCAGUGCCAUCUAGUUUUAAUCCAAGCUUUCAGGCCAAACUUCACUCUGCGUCUGUUCAGGGACAAACCUCUAUUAAUGACACAUUGAACAAAAGAAAGUCAAUGCUUAUAAUGGAAGAUCUGCAAGAUUUGACAUAUAUCGCUGAUCAUACAGUAGAAAAAAAUGCUAAUAUUACGGAUUCAGCUGGUUCCAGGCCUUCUACCUUGAAGGCAAACACUGAUUUACAACACUCAGUUGAAUUAAAUGGUGAAAUAAAAAAACAAGAACCUGGACAUAAUAAUGAGAACCAAAGACCACCCAACAAAAUUAAUACAAUAAAAAGUGAGUUUGCGUCAAUGGAUUUUGGGAAAUAUAGGGAGGGACCAAAGCAUCCUCAGAGCAGUACAGAAUAUAAUAAAAUAGCACUUAAAAAAAAUGGCUACACACCAGACGUAAAGAGUUCAAAACCUACUAUAAACAUUAUCUCAAUUAAACCAAUAUUAGGGGAGCUUUCAUCAAAUACAAAUCUACAGUUUAAACAUGAUUCCUUAACAAGAAAGGAAAUGGACACACUCCCUAAAGAAUUGGCAAGAACAGAACAUGAAAGAAAAUUAGAAUUGUAUGGGAGUUCAGGAGAGUUUCAAGAAUCUCCUCCUACACCACCCCCUAUGGCUCCUCCACCACCACCCCCGAUGAUGGUUCCACCAAAUCCACCGUUAAUGUCACUUGUCACUACUGCAUCACCACCUGUGGUUUCAAAUAUUACACCAACAAGGACCUCACCUACCAUGAAUCAUGUUGUUCCACCACCUGCUCCUCCUGUGACUUCAGUCCCAGCAGUACAUCAGGUUUCAUCAGUGCUUUCUCCAAAACCAAAAGCUGUUCCCCCACCCCCACCACCACCAAAAGCCCCACCAGCACCUCCACCUCUUCCAAUCCCAGGUAGUUCAUCUAGUCAAGACUCACAGUUACCUUUGCUGAAGGCAUUGCAAGAAAAACAACAGACACUAAGACAGGUCCCAAAAAAAUCUAUAGAAGUUAGACCUGCUCAGCCAGCUACUAUCUCUGGUAAUGAACAAAAAAUCAGAGUUGGCAAAAUAAAGGGUGAGUUAGAAGCUCUGUUUUCUCCAAAGAAAGAUAACAAAGGAGGAGAGCAUCGACCAGGUGUGGAAGUAAAUAAAAAGAAUACCAAUGGAAAUGUUCCUCAGUCUAGAGGUGGAGAAAACACUUUGGUUAACUCAUUGAUGCUCAAAGUACCUCUCAUGCCUGCUAAAUAUGAGAAGGAUGUUGAUACAGACAAUUCAGAAUGGCUUCCCAAAAGUAAUAAAAUGGAUAUUCAGAUUCCUGAACCAGACUACCUACCACUAAGCCCUAAGAAAAACAUUGAGAAGCCAACCUAUUCAAAUGUGCAAAAUGAAAUUGCCAAACCCUCUCUUGAGACCUCUGUACAAUUGCCUGUGCCGGCUUCCACUCCAAAAACCACAGAUACAGUGGAUAUACUGACCAAAGCCAUUCCAAGCUACAAACCACAUCAUGAACGGAAGGCAUCAGCUGGAAGCUGGACCAUAGAUCCAGUUGUUUCAAAACUAGAUGAAUAUGGGACUGUAAAAUUUAAUAUUAGUCCAAAGACUGCAGAAAACAUGUCUCCAACACCUGUGAAGCCAGAAUCUUCUGUAUCACAAGAAGAAAGUGAAAUUAAACACACUGACAAAGUAGAAAGUAAUUCUCCAAUGGCUUUGCUUAUGGCUGCAAAGAAACGAGCAACAAAGGGAAAUCGCUCUGUAGAAAGUGGUAAAAUUUCUGUUAAAAGUGGACUUGUGACAAGUUCAUUAAGCUCUCUGUAUUAUCCGGGGAAUACUAACACUUUUGUUGUUAUGCCCAAGAAUGAACAUGGACGACAAAUUAAUGAACCAGAAGUCAAUAGUUUAAUUACUAAUCAAAUCAAUUACUUGGAUAUCAAAUCAAGCUGGAAAGAGGAAGCGUUACAAUCACCUAGCUUAAAUACUUUGGGUUUGAAUUCUCAAAAGUCCAGUUCUGAAAACGCGAGUCUGCUGCAAGUUGGUAACACAACUGGUCUACAGGUUUCAUCUACAGACAGAAAUGGAGACUAUUGGAAGUCAAAAUCUUCGAUGUUUGAUGCCCCUAAAUUCGACAUUGCCUCUUUCCCAUCACCUAUUACAACUUCAGUUGCAGAUGAGGACUUUGAAUAUGGAAUAAUACCACCACCAGCAGAGUUCACAAACAGUCCAGCAGCACAACGUGCCAGUUUUUCCAGUAUGCACCAGCAGGAUCACUCCUUUAUUCAUGAUCACAGUAAAAGUCUUAAAUCUGAUCUUGUAUCAAAUUAUCAGUGGAGUAAUACAUCUAGUAAGCCUUUGUCUUUUUAUACAUCCACUAGCAACAGUGACUUUGGCAAAUACAGUGAUAAUUACAGCAGCGGACUCACCAGGGAUUCUCAGAAAGGCUCUCUAAUUAAGAAACGACUGUACAUGCCUGAUCCUGAACCAGAGAGUUCUUGGAACUAUGGAAAACAUACUGGCUCUCUAAGGCCAACAGCUUUGUCAAAGUCUUAUAUGCAUAGUCAGUCUGGCUCCAAUAUGGUUCCAGAUCCACGGCGUUUCAGCCUUACAUCAAGAUAUGUGUCACAGGGGAGGAGAGUGUCUGCUGAGAACCUUAACAGAAUGGCGCCAACUAUGGUUGAUAUGAAAUACAAAUCUCCAACUUCUGACUAUCUGGUUGGACAACCAACAAACAAACCUCAAAGCACCCACCAGCAAGGAAUGACGUUCACUGUCAGACCAGGUACCAGGCAGCCAAUUUCUCAAACGUAUCAAGGAGGCUAUCUCUGAGACAGCUAUGUUCUGAAUGCAAGGUUCCUGACCGCUUGUCUGUAAACUAACAAGAAGUCUCUGAGGUUCCUGGUUUGAUGCAGUGACUGAAAUUUUAUUUUGCAACGUAAGGUUGUUCCUUAAUGGAUGGAUUUAGCUAAAAUCACUGUACAAUGGUUAUUUCUUUUAUUUGCAAUUUCUGCUUAUGUGUUCCAGAGAAGAAAAGUUAUCUGAGUAACGUGAAAUUGGCUUUAAAAAAAACCUGCUUUAUUAUUGUUGUACUCUACACAUGUAUACAAAUUACUACACGUCAUUGUUUCAACUUCAUAUUGUAUCAUAGAAAACUUGAGCCAAAAGAGAUCUAUAUUUUGGAGGAACAACAAUUCUUAUCCCUAGAAUAAUAAUACAAAGUUGAGUUUUAGUUUCAGCUUAAUAUCUUUGGUUUUAGAAAGACAUUGCAAAUUAGUUUUUUGUUUGUUUUUUGUUGUUGUUUUUUUUAAGCAUUUUACAUUUUGUGUUUAUUUUCCCUCUAUACCCAUUUUAGGUAUUCAUUCAUCUAUUGUUUUGUCCUAUUCUCAUGUGCCUAUUGUUUGUUGAAAUAUUUUUGGCAUGAGGUGCAGUUAUGUUUUAUAAGUGUAUAAAUAUAUAUUAUAAAAAUAAUGGUUGGUAUGUAAAGUUGAUGUACAUAUUAUUUUAAAGGAAAUCUCCAUGAGGAUUUCCUAAAGAAAGCACUUUUGUUUGUAUAUUCAAUGUAUAUAUGUGCAACAGGUGUCCUUUUUUUAUGUAUGUGUCUUUUAUUUCUUAUGCAGUAUAAAUAUAUAGAUUUACAAGAGACAAAGUAACUGGUUCUGCCUUUUAAUGCGAAUACAAAAAGCUUAUGCAUGUUCUUCAUUCAAUGUUAUUUUAAAGUAAUUAAAAUUAUUUUAUGCAAAA